CAGCACGGAGCUCCAUUUUCCUCGUCUUCUCCACCAGCAGCACUGACUCAGACCUUUCUCUCGUGUCGAUACUACACGUGUCUAUUCGGCUUUUUCGGUAGCUGUCUCCCUCGGAGUUGGUUUAUUUUUUUUGUAACAGCAGUCGGUCGAUAAAGCAGCACUCAAUAGGGUGUUUUAAACGGAAGGAUACAAGGACACACGGCUCUGGAGCUAGCUGCUAAAGCUAACCUUCGUCUGACGCAACGCCCACAGAGCCUCCAGUCAAAGAAAAUGAGUGCUGCCACGCAAAAAGUUGUGCUGAAAAGCACCACCAAACUGUCCCUGAACGAGCGCUUCACUAACAUGCUGAAGAACAAGCAGCCCUCUGCGGUAAGCAUUCGAGCCACCAUGCAACAGCAACAUUUGGCUAGCGCCCGCAACCGCCGGCUGGCCCAGCAGAUGGAGAACCGGCCCUCGGUGCAAGCUGCGCUCAAUCACAAGCAGAGCCUGAAGCAGCGGCUGGGGAAGGGCAGCAUCCAGGCCCGGCUGGGCCGACCUAUUGGACCGCUGAUGCGAGGAGGACCGAUGGGGGGUCGAGGAGGACUGCGGGGGAUGACCAGAGGGGGCCUCAGAGGAGGGCUCCGAGGGGGGCUACGCGGAGGCCUCAGAGGAGGAGUCAGAGGAGGAAUGAUGAGGGGAGCCUUGUUUUCUCUCAGGGGAAGGCGAGGGGCUAUGGGGGGCCCUAUGAGGGGCCGCGGCGCUGCCGGCCGUCUGGCCAUGCGUCGAGGAGGCCGCCAGCGGGGAGGACUUCCUGGAAGAGGAGCACGGGGAGGAGUGGCCAGAGGCCGCGGCGGACUGCGGGGGCGUGGAGGCUUCGCUGGCCGAGGCGGGCGGGGCCGAGGCGGAGGCGGACGGGGCAGAGGAGGAGUAGGCCGGCCCACCGUGACCCGGGAGCAGCUGGACAACCAGCUGGACGCCUACAUGUCCAAGACCAAGGGCCACCUGGACGCUGAGCUGGACGCCUACAUGGCGCAGGCCGACCCGGACAGCAUGGAGUGAAGCCUUGAGCCAAGGACCGAUGGAAGUGAACAGAGAAUCACCUGACUUAGCAUUGGUGGAUGGAUGGAUGGAGAAGUGUCACGUGACCACACCCCAUUCCUGCAUCAACGUGCUCUCCGAAGAACCUUUUUAUUGUUUGGAAUAAAUGCUAAGAGACGUUAUGAAGCAUUAAUAAGCCCGGACGUCUGCACACCUCCAUACUGUUUUCUUCUUUUUAUUAAAGUUAUUUUGUGACCGAUACUAAAUUACAGCUGUUUUAGUAUUUGUGAGUUCACAAUUUAGGGGUCAUUUUGUCGGCUUAUCUUAAACCUUUUUUUAAUAUUAUUCUUCAACAGAAUGUAAACAGAGUUGUAAGCCAAGUAUGUGUGUUUUUAUUGUUUUAUUUCUCCUUCAUUUUGUAUGAAAGCUGUUGUACUCUGACAACCGCAGAGCAUUUGUACUCUAAAAAAAAAAAAAGUGUUUUAAUUAAACAGAAAAAGAUCCUG